AUGUCGUUUCUUAAGAAAUAUUUGCUGCUUCAUGACAGUCGAGAUUCUGUGUCACCAUAUUCUAGUCCUCCAAAGUCUCCAAAUACACGAAAAUCGAAUAAAUUCAAGAAGGACUCAGGGUUUUGUUAUAAAUCCGAAGCUGCCAAAAAGGUGGAGAUUAUAGCCAGAAACAGGGAUGAGCGCAGACAAAAGCAAGCUGAUGAGAAAGCACAGAGGGACCAACUUCAACACAUGGAACACAAAAAUCCAUUUUACGAGUUUGUUCAAAUGAUAAAUGAGUAUAGAAACAAUAUAGAGUUUAGACCCCUAAGAGAGAGUGAUCCUGUAAUAGAAAAUCAAAUCACUGUGUGUGUGAGGAAACGGCCGGUUAAUGAAAAGGAAUUAUCUAGAAGAGAGGUCGAUGUAAUAUCAGUUCCUACCAAAAAUCAACUCGUUGUUCACGAGCCCAAACACAAAGUGGACUUAACGAAAUAUGUAGAUAAUCAACAUUUUAGGUUUGAUUAUGUAUUUGACGAAAACUGUGGCAAUAACUUGGUGUAUAAAUUCACUGCGAGACCUCUGGUGAAGACUAUUUUUGAAGGAGGUAUGGCAACCUGUUUUGCGUAUGGGCAGACAGGAUCUGGAAAAACACAUACUAUGGGUGGCGAAUUUAAAGUUUCGGCUAGUUUUUUCGAAAUUUAUGGAAAAUUGGUGUUUGAUCUUCUGUCUAAAAAGAACAGAUUGCGUGUUUUAGAAGACGCAAAACAGCAAGUGCAAGUAGUUGGAUUAACUGAAAAAGUCGUUACUAAGGUAGAACAUGUAUUAGAUCUUAUCCAGAGAGGAAGUUUGGAACGGACUUCCGGUCAAACUUCAGCUAAUUCCAAUUCCUCAAGAUCACAUGCUGUCUUUCAAAUAAUUUUAAGAAGAAACGGUUCAAAAAAUGCCGAAGGGAAAUUCUCUCUUAUAGAUUUAGCCGGAAAUGAACGAGGUGCCGACAACAAUAAAUCAAAUCGACAAACACAAAUAGAAGGAGCCGAUAUUAACAAAAGUUUGUUGGCAUUAAAAGAAUGUAUACGAGCUCUAGGAAGAAAAGGAGCUCAUCUUCCAUUUAGAGGUAGUAAACUUACUCAAGUUUUAAGGGAUUCUUUCAUCGGAGAAAAUUCUCGAACGUGCAUGAUAGCUCUAAUAUCACCUGGAAAUUUUUCAGUAGACCAUACUUUAAACACCUUAAGAUAUGCUGAUAGGGUGAAAGAAUUAAUAGCCAGUGAUGUAAUUAUGGACGACGACCUAAUAAUACCCAUUCCUGAACCAGAAGAUGAUGAAAAUGCAGAAGACGGAUUUGACAUAGAAGAGGAGUUUUUAAGAGAGGAAGAAAAACGGCUACAACUUUCGUCUUUAGAAUGGGAAUUACGUGAAAGUCAACGAAACGUCAUACAAAGUUGCGUCGACUUCCAUGAAAUGGCAUGCGAUUUAUACAAUUCUGUCGACUCUAAUGGUAGCGAUAGAAUUUUGUAUGCCCGACAAUGGAAAAAAUUACUUAAUGAUGUAAUAGAUGUACAAAAAGAAGCACUGAUUAAGGCAAAUGAGUUUUGUAGCGCGCUAGAUCAAUGAAUAUGUAAAGAUUUGAAUAAAUGUGAUUUGAAUUAUUUCGGAUUAUUCCAAUAAAAAGUUUACUAUUUUUUA